ACACACUCUGGUUUUAGUCUCCAGCACGCUCACACUCACACACACACACACACAUCUCUGGUUUUCGGAUACACAUCAGGAUGGCGUGACAGCCAAAACGACCUGCAGAGAGAUAAAGCAGAUCGUUCACACUCAAGGCAUCCAGAGAGAACCACUGAAUUUGCAGAACUGCUGUCGGCCAUUUCCUGGUUAGAACGGAGAUUUCCGGCUCAUCCAGCUUCUGCACUGACACUCUGGGAUGGAGGAGUUAACCCAUCAGAGCCGGUAGUGUGAAAGUAAACAUCUGCCGCCAUCUUCUGACCAGGUGAUUGAAGAAAAUACCCAGGAAAAGAUCACAACCUCUACGGCCUCUUCUCAACUAUCACACAACAGCUCCGUUGCUACACAAACUGAGGAAGAAAAAACACACACGUCAGAACGUAGCAAAUCUGGAGAGUUGCCACAGAGGACGUCACUAUCUCACGAAAUCACAGUUAGAUCCACAGAUCAACACCAAGCAGCCAAUCACGAUCCACCUCAGCUAAGUAGUGACCAAUCAUCAUCAGUCCUGGUCUCUUCAUCAGUGCUCAGAUUCUUUCUGUCCAAUCAGAGACUUCUGCGCUGUUUCCAAGACCCCGCCCUGUGCCCCGUCCUCACUCUCAGUCCAAACAGAGAAUCACCAACGAGGUCAAAGGUCAAACGCGUGUUACUCUGCUGGAAGACGAUGCUAGUGACCUUGUGACCUUGAAAGAAAAUGACCCACCUGCAUCAUCAGGGAAAUUAACAGAACUGUUGGAGGUUUUUACUACUUUUGACUUAGAACGAAGAGGACCUGAUUGAGAACAUGGCUGCCCUUCACGGUGAGCGCAACAUCCGCUCUAAGAUCCAGGAAUUUGAGAAACAGAUUAGCACUGAUGAGAUCAGCAUCCCGACGCCACGACCCCGAAACACGACACGGCCAGCCUUGGCGCCGAAACCCUCCAUGACCCAGCGAGCCUUCAUCAGCAGCACCACAGAAGAAGAAACAAACACACAGACCUGGCCAGAUAAUAACUAUGAGGAGGUUAUUAGAACAAACAGCACUCCAGUGCCUCCAUCUCCAGCCCAGAGACCACAGAUACCUAGAAAACUCUCGUUGAACUCUAGCGAUCAGUUUAAAGCCCAACCUCUGAUUAAACCUCCUCCUCAGCUCCCGUCUCGACCCUCGCUGCGGAGAGGUAGAACUCUAAACUCCCAGGACGAGGAUGCUGUUUUCAACACUUCUCCGUUUUCUCCACGCGCAGUACAUUCAGUCAUCAAUCACUGCAGCACCAAGGAGAACGAAUACGUGGAUGCUCCUGUUAGUCACGUUCCCUCUAACCUGGCCCAGGCUGCCACUUUCACCGACGCAGUGAGUCGGAAACCGACCAUCAUCCGAGUUCCCAGCAGACAGGAACAGGAAGUGUCUGAUUGUUUCCCUCCUGCAUUUCCUGUUCAGAGAUCUAUAGGAGGCCUUUCAUCCUCCCUCAGAUGCAAGGACUCGUUCAGUAGCGUGUGUGAUCCGGUUCUGCCUCGCCCUGUUGGGGGUAAAACGCCACCCCGUCGCCCCCCUCCUGCUAAACCUGCCCCGGGACGUCCUCCUCCACCCCGGAGAGACAGCAUCGUGCGUAACUCCACGCUACAGUCACAACACUCCACCAAAGUGAGGCAUAAUUUAUCGAAGAAAACGCCUGUGCUUCCUCCGAGACCUAAUCCUGGACAUCGCCUCUACAACAAAUACACACUGGAAAUCCCUCACGGCAUCGCUGAGUACGACUACAACGGCAUGCACACUGGAGAGCUCUCCUUUCAGAAAAACGAAGUGCUGGUUCUGCUAAACCAAACAGACAGCCAAACGUUCGAGUGCCAAGUAGGAAAUGCGAAAGGAACCGUGCAGAAAUCUUAUAUGAAGAUCAUCACACCGCUAUCGAACUACUCUUAUCGUGAUGCCGAUCCAGUGCGCAAGGAGAGCACUUCACGUCAGGCGUUCACCAAUUCAGUGGAAAACGGCACUCUGCAGGUUCAAGCACUUUAUGACUUCACUCCAGAGGGUCCUGGAGAACUCGGGCUGAAGGCUGGAGACAUCAUUAAUAACGUAGAGCAGUUAGACGGCGAAUGGUAUUUGGGAACAUCCAGAGGGAUCACAGGUUUCUUCCCCAUCAACUACGUCAAAACUCUGCCUGGGCAGCCUGCAGCUCCACAUAUUCCUGCGCCUGCGCCUGUGCCUGCACCUACGCCUGCGCCUGCGCCUUCUACACUUCAGAGAGUCAGUGGCCCACGGUGUGUGGCGAGGUUUGACUUUGAGGGCGAGCACGGCGAUGAGCUCUCAUUUACUGAAGGCCAAGUGAUCCGACUCCUGGAGUACAUGGGAGAGGAGUGGGCUCGAGGCGAGAUCGGCGGCCAUGUUGGAAUUUUCCCCCUCAACUUUGUGGAAGUGAUGGAGGAUCUUCCACCUUCACCUGCAAAGAACCAGAUCAGGGUUCCUCUGCCUGGGAUGGCUGCCUCAAACAACAUGCAAACUCCUGCUUCAACACAUAAUCAGGCAUGUGGAGUGGAGUAUGUCAAGGCUCUGUAUGACUUCACGGCGCAGACAGAUGGUGAUCUGUCGUUCCUUAGAGGUGACGUGAUCGAAGUGAUAGAACACAUUGAUGAAGAAUGGAGUCAUGGAAGACUGAAUGGCAGAGAGGGGUUAUUCCCUACGUCCUUCACACAGACACACACAGGUGGAUACUCACACCGCUAACCGGUGGAGCAGCCGGGGGAAAAAGCAUGGAUGACCAAACACAAGCAACGUGGGCUUUCGUACACACCCUGGUGCCGUGUAUAAAGAUGAAUUUUAUUUGAAAUUGUUAUGUGCAUGAACUUCUGGACCCUUCUUCUGGUGAAACUGAACUGUGUUCCUGUGUAGUGUGGGGGUGACAUUUAUAUACCUGAUUUCAUUUACUGAAUGAUCUGUGCUUUUUGGAUUUGAGAAUUUGGGUUUAAAUAGAAAAAACUUCCACUGAAUGACAGUAACUGUGUUCGUCUUUACAGUAUUCACGCCUGGACUUUGAUCCAGUGUGUAGUAUAACCCUGUUAUAUAUUGUAUAAUCCACCAUUUUGCCUCCACAAGCAAAAAAAAAAAAAAACAUGGAAGGUUCUUGUAAGUCAUUCAUUAAUAAAUGCAAUGUUUAUAUUGGA